AUGUCGAGACCAACCAAGUUAUGUAAGGCCUUUAUACUUCAUGUCGAAAACCUCGUUCCUACGAUCUUGCCCCAAGCCAUCAAGAGUAUUGAGACAAUUGAAGGCGAUGGAGAACCUGGAACGGUCAAGAUCAUUACUUUACCUCAAAUGCAGAUCCAAAGUGUGAAGCAUCGAGUUGAUGGGAUAGACAAAGAGAACUACACAUAUAGCUACAACAUAAUCGAGGUUGAUGUUUUGAAGAACGGGCUAGAGAGCCUCUCAUACGAGAUCAAGAUCUUUGAUGGCUCCAAUGGAGGGUCGAUUUGCAAGAAACAAGCAAGAUUUAUAAAUGAUAAUAAGCUUGGUGAUCUAAGUACUACUGAGAUUGUUACUUGUCACCAAUGA